AUUUAUUUUAUGAUGAAGUUAUCUAUUCUGUGUACUAGCUGUAAAGUAGGAACACACAUCAUUUCAUUGGUAAAUUGUAUACAUCUAAAAUCUUAAGUAAAUGAUCAUAAUGUUGAACAAGUGCUACAGAAUAUCGUUGUUUUAUAACUUGGUAAUAAUCAUAGUUUAGUGUUUUAAUAUACUUCAAUAAUACUGUUUUACCAUGUUGUAUUAACGAUAUAAUAUUGGAAAUCAAAAUACUAAAUACUGUUCAUAUGCAUUUAUCGUUAAAACUAAAAUGGGCAACAACUUAAUGAUACCAGGAGGAUGAUGCAAAAAUAGUAGGAAUAUUGCUGUAAUCAAUAAUGUACAAUGGAGUUUAGUUCACAAUUUGCAGUUGAUGUCAUAGUGAUCUUACUAUCACAAACAAUAUUCUUUAUGUGUGGAUGGGUAUAUUUUGUCAAGAAGUUAUUUAAAGACUAUGAAGUUCAUCAUAAAACAAUUCAACUAAUAUUUUCGGUUACUUUCUGUUUAGCUUGCACUAUGUUUGAAUUAAUUAUAUUUGAAAUAAUUGGUAUAUUAGUUCCAAGUUCAAGAUAUAUAUUUUGGAAUGUAAUACUUUAUAAGAUGCUGUUUAUGGUAGUUGUGCUAAUUCCAUACUAUUUAUGUUACUUUACUUUAAGUAAUAUGUACCCAUUUUUUCAAAAGAAAGUUGGAAUUAUGGCAUUAAUAAUUUGGGUAUUAUACUUGUUUUUGUUUUGGAAACUUGGUGAUCCAUUUCCCAUGAUACCACAAGAAAAAAAAGGCCAUUUAUUUAUAGAAAAUUGUAUUAGUAGGAUAGGUGUAAUUGGAGUAACAGUUAUGGCAUUACUAUCUGGGUUUGGCGCUGUUAACUACCCUUACACUUCAAUGUCCUAUUUUAUUAAAGCUGUUACGUCAGAUGACGUUGUUAAUGUUGAAAAACAGUUGUUACAAACAAUGGAUGUUAUUGUUGCUAAGAAAAAGAAAAUUUUAUUAGCUGAAACUAAUGCUGGAAUUAGUACAUAUGGUUUUAUGAAUAUUUUAAAACGAGUAAAAUCAAAUGUCACCAGUGAUAUAAAAGCGAUUAAAAGUGACGUUAAAGCAUUAGAAGAAUUAAGCAGACAUUUAUUUUUAGAUACACAUGAUCUGCACAACACUUUAGAACGCAGUGCUUGGGCGAAAACAUGGAAAGGCAAAUAUUUUAACUUUCUGGGUUAUUUCUUUUCACUUUAUUGUGUUUGGAAAAUAAUAAUAUCUACCUUGAAUAUAAUGUUACAAAGAGUGGGUAAAAAAGAUCCAGUUACCAGAGGAAUGGAGAUCUUAAUUGAAUGGGUUGGCAUUGAUAUGGAUGUUUCAUUUUGGUCACAACAUAUAUCAUUUUUACUAGUUGGUUGUAUUGCAUUUACAUCAAUUAGGGGUUUACUUCUGACAUUAACAAAAUUUUUUUAUGCACUAUCAAGUAGUAAGUCAUCAAACAUUAUAGUUCUAAUAUUUGCUCAACUAAUGGGUAUGUAUUUUGUUUCAUCGGUCUUGUUAAUGCGUAUGAACAUGCCGGCUGAGUACAGAGCUAUCAUAACUGAAGUGCUUGGAGAUCUACAAUUUAGCUUUUAUCAUCGCUGGUUUGAUGUUAUUUUUUUAGUAAGUGCCAUUUCAUCUAUAAUGUUCCUUACAUUUGCACACAAACAAAGUAAAGUUGAUUUAACACCAAAAUUGUAAUUGAAUUAAUCAAAUUUAUUUUUUUAUUGUGUUGUCAAUAUUAUUUGUAAUUAUAAUUUUUAAGUAAUUUGUGAUUACAAUUAUUUGAUGUAAUUUA